CACUAUAUCAGUAUUUUACCUCCCAAUUUUUACUCCCCAAGUAUCACUCCAGUUCCCGCCGAAAUCCUCCCCAACUCUCCAGUCUCCAGUAUCUCGCUGCUGUUUUCUGUCAGGCAUUACUUACUGGCCGGCUUCUAUCUGUCUAAUUCCCCGUGGAGAUGCCGGAGCUGGACUAUGCCAAAGCAAUGGCUGAGUUUCUGAUACGCCACCACUCACGGCAACUCCGGUCGAUAGUCCUGUCUCCCGAUCCCAAGCUCCAUUAUCCUCUCCACAUCGAUUUUGCAGAGCUAUUUGACGAAAACCCUCCGGUUGCCAGCCUGGUUUUCUCUCAGCCCGCUGAGUACCUGCUCCAUUUUGACAAAGCAGCUCUAUGGGCUCAUAAAAUCGUCCUCGAGAAUCUGGAUGCUGGUGAGAAAGGGACCGAGAAGAAGUUCAUUCAUGUUCGUAUUAAUGUCAAUGGAUCUCCACUUGAAUUCUCUGUAGACACGUUUCCACGCAUUGGACAUGUGAGGGUGAGACACAGAGGGAUUCUACUGACCCUCAAGGGAACUGUUAUCCGUUCAGGAGCAGUGAAGAUGUAUGAAGGCGAGAGGAUGUAUCGGUGUCGUAAAUGCAAACAUGAGUUCCCAGUUUAUCCUGAGCUGGAGUCCAGAAACACCAUAGCUUUGCCAUCAUUUUGCCCGUCAGAGAGACCCAAGCCCUGUGAAGGGACAAGGUUUGACUGUGUAGAUGAAACUACAAUCUGCCACGAUUACCAGGAAAUUAAAAUCCAAGAAAGUACUCAGGUGUUGGGUGUUGGUGUAAUUCCUCGUUCAAUUUCAGUCAUCUUGAUGGAUGAUCUGGUUGACGUGGUUAAAGCUGGGGGUGAUGUGAUUGUUACUGGGCUUUUGACCGCAAAGUGGUCUCCUGACCUAAAAGAUGUCCGCAGUAACCUGGACCCUGUGUUAAUUGCUAAUAAUGUUCGGCGAACCAAUGAGCUGAAAUCAGACAUUGACAUCCCUAAUGAUAUUAUGAUGACAUUCAAACAGUUCUGGUCAGACUUUAAAGAUGCACCUUUGAAAGGUAGAAACACCAUUCUACGAGGUGUUUGCCCCCAGGUGUUUGGACUCUUUACUGUGAAGCUUGCUGUAGCACUGACACUUAUUGGGGGAGUGCAACAUGUUGAUGCAUCUGGUACUAAGAUUCGAGGAGAAUCUCAUUUACUUUUGGUUGGGGAUCCAGGUACUGGCAAGUCUCAGUUCUUAAAAUUUGCUGCGAAGUUAAGCAACCGAUCCGUCAUCACUACUGGAUUGGGGAGCACUAGUGCAGGCUUGACUGUCACUGCUGUCAAGGAUGGAGGUGAAUGGAUGCUGGAAGCUGGAGCCCUUGUUUUAGCAGAUGGAGGACUUUGUUGCAUCGAUGAAUUUGAUAGCAUGAGGGAACAUGACAGGGCAACUAUUCAUGAGGCAAUGGAGCAGCAGACGAUAAGCGUUGCCAAGGCUGGGCUUGUAACUACCCUUAGUACCAGAACAAUUGUUUUUGGUGCCACAAAUCCUAAAGGACAGUAUGAUCGAGAUCAAUCUCUUUCGGUCAAUACGGCACUCUCUGGUCCAUUAUUGAGCAGAUUCGACAUAGUGCUAGUCCUCUUGGAUACAAAAAAUCCUGAAUGGGAUGAAGUCGUGUCAUCUCAUAUUCUUGCAGAGGAAAAGUUAAAAACGCAUGAAGAUUCAGAUAGUAUCUGGACACUGGCGAUGCUUCGGAAGUACAUUAACUUUGUGAAAGGGUACUUUAAACCACUCCUUACUACAGAGGCCGAGGAAGUUAUAUCGAGCUACUUUCAACUUCAAAGGCGAUCUGCAACUGAUAAUGCAGCCAGGACAACCAUUCGCAUGCUUGAAAGCUUAAUACGAUUAGCUCAAGCGCAUGCCAGACUAAUGUUCAGAAAUGAGGUUACCCGGUUGGAUGCUAUAAUGGCCAUCUUAUGCAUGGAAUCAUCGAUGACCACCUCUGCCAUAGUGGACAGUUUUGGGAAUGCGCUCCAUUCAAACUUCACGGAAAACCCUGAUGAAGAAUAUACAAAGCAAGAGAAAAUUAUUCUGGAAAAGCUGGGACUGAUCGAUGAGCCCUUUUCGAGGUAGGCACAGGCUAGCAGCUGGAAUCGGACGACACUUCAUAAAGCUAGCAGAGCAUACGCACCACCUUGGUUCAAUCACCUGCUGCUUUCAUGGUAAAAGAAAGUUAUCAUAGGCUACUCAAAUAUUAUCAUUUUGUUUCGUCACAAAGGCAUGAACUAUCAUAGCUAUUCAGUAAAAUGGUGAAUCCAGCUUUCGACGAUUGAGCAACCACAUGGUAGUUGCAACAGGUUUGUUGUUGCUCUUCUAUUUUCUGAUUUAAUAGCAUCCAUCAGAUGAACGAAUUUUCAACAAUCCAAUGUUUGGAUGUCCCAAGAUGAUGGAUGGAUGGUUCUGCGAAGUAGGAAGUGGAGACCAAAUACUGAUCCUGAUAUGACAAUGAUGAGAUGUUAAAAAAAAAGACUAAAUACUUUUUUUAAUAGAGAAUUUUUUUGCUCAAACAUAAUAAAAUAAAUA